AUGGCCACGGUGGUGUUGCGUCGAAGGCUGGAGUCAGUGGCCUUAGAGGGCUUUUCCAAGCGGAACAACCCCAGGACUCUCCAGGCGCGGGCAUGCUUGGGGCUGGAGGACACUGUCCCGCAGGAGGUGCGCGCCGCGGCUGCAGAGGCUGUGCGGUGGCUGCGCGUGCGGUCGCAGCGCCACCUGGCGGGCCUGUGGGGGCAGUUGGGCUGUUGCCGUGGAGCCCCAGGCAAACACUGCCCGCAGCGCCCGGAGCAGCCUGCGGCUCUCGACAAGCCCUGGCUAGUGACAGAGCUGGUCGCAAAUCAGCUCGUCGGUGCGUUUGGAGAAGCCUGUUCUUCGUGCACACAACCAGGAGCAGGACCCCUGUUAGCCCCAUGUGCUUCUAAUGGUGAGGAUGACCAUGAAGAGCGUGACGAAGAUGACGAUGGGUAUGGCUGUGAGGAUGAGAUGGAGGAGAACGGAGAUGAAGGCAAGGAUCUUACAGUUGAAGAGCAGAAGGGAUACAAGGCUGAAGACCAGGGUGCUGAGAACUGGGAAGAUGAGUAUGAGCCUCAGCCUGUGAUGGUGCCACCCAAGAACAGCCAGUGGGUUGCCAUCUGGUCAUUCUUCUGCGAGCCAUCAGGGCAGCAGAGAAACACAAGCAGGGGCAUCAUGGAGAAACUGAAGGACGUUGUGAGUGGGGAAGACCCUGAGGAUAAAUACUUAGAAUUGCAGGAACUCGGCCAAGGGGCGUCAGGAACAGUUUAUCGGGCUAUUGAGAUGUCCAGAGGACAGGAGGUGGCUAUCAAGCACAUUAACAUCCAGAAAGAGGCAGAGGUGGUUCUCCUGAAUGAAAUCAGGUUCAUCAAGGGCAACAAGAGCCCAAACCUUGUCAACUACUUAGACAGCUACAUGGCAGGUGAGGAGCUGCCGAUUGGGAUGGAGUACCUGGAUGGAGGAUCCUUGGCUGAUGUUGUCCUGGAGCUGUGGAUAGAGGAAGAGCAGACAGCAGCCAUCUGUAGGGAGUGUCUGCAGGGCCUGGACUUCCUGCACUCCAACAGCAUCGUCCACCGUGACAUCAAAAGCUACAACAUCCUGCUGGGCAUGGACGGGGCCGUCAAAGUGGCUGACUUUGGACUCUGUGUUCCGCUCACCUCCGAGAACAGCAAGAUGAGGGAGUGCGUUGGGACCCCUCACUGGAUGGCGCCAGAGGUGGUUAAGAGGGAGCCUUAUGGUCCCAAGGUGGACAUUUGGUCCCUUGGGAUCACUGCCAUCGAGAUGGCAGAAGGAGAACCACCUUACAGCCACGAACAGUACAGCAGGGUGGGAACCCUGAUAGCCACCAAGGGGAGCCCAGAGCUGCAGAACCCAGGGCAGCUGUCAGCUGAGCUGCUGGACUUCCUGCAGCACUGCCUGGAGGUGGAUGUGCAGAGGAGAUGGUCUGCCAAGGAGCUUUUGGAGGUAAAAUGCAAAGGGCUGCAAGGGAAGAAGCUGCAGCAGGAAGGGGUUUUCUCCCGGGCUCAACUUCGAGGCACCUCCAGAGGCUGCUCACAUCGGUGGCAACCUUGGUGCUGCCCAAGCGAAGAAUAA